AUGGCCGCCGCCGAUGGCGCCGACGCGCACGCGUUCGCGAACGAGCGCGAGGUGAUCGAGUACUUCACCUCGCUGUCCCGUGAGACGAACGCGGCGAGACAAAAGAUCGCAGAGCUCGGCGUGAGCCUGCGAGAGCACGUCAACGUGUUGACCAACGUGCGCGGGUUAGAGCCGACGCGGAGGUGCUUUCGCUCCGUGGGUGGGGUCCUGGUCGAGCGCACGGUUGGAGAGGUGAUCCCGGCGGUGGAGACGAACGCGAGCAACUUACAGCGAGCGAUCGACGCGAUCAAGGAGCAGUGCGCGGUGAAGGAGGCGGAGCUCGAGGCGCUGCGGAAAAAGUAUAAGAUUCGCGUGCAGGGAGAGGAUGAGUCAGAGGGCCAGGCGAAGGUGCCGACGCAGGGUGGCGGUGGGAUUCUGGCGUGA